GUUGUACAUAAACCAGUGAAAACGUAGUUUCAACAAAACAUUGCCAUUCACUUUGUAAAAGUUAUAUAUUUUAUUAUUAAAUCAUACCAAUUACCCUUCUUACUUCCAUAAUCUAUCGAAUGAUAUUACAUUUGCAUUACCGGGCGCGUUUUAUCGAUCUCUAAUUUGUGAUUAAAUCUCUUGGAAAAAAGCAUUCGUUGAAAGUCCCACCAUAUUAUAUGUUGUGCAGUCAAUCGCGCUUUUCUGGUUGUAAAUUGUGUCCCUUCCAUUUUAUUUACACUGUUUCGGAAUGUAAAUAGAUUAUUUGUUUCAAUUUGAAUAAAAGAAUCAAAUAAUUGUGUGUGUUUUGCUGCUAAAAACUUGAAAUUUAUUAAAAUUUCCAUUUUUCCUUCGCCUUUCAUUAAUCGUUUGACAUUUUGAUACUAUACUCUAUACGUACAGCUCUUCUUUUUAGAAAUUCACCACGAAAGUGAACUCAUGCAAUUUUCUUUUUUGUACAUUUUUACUCCGUCUCCUGUCUUCUGCUCAAAACAAAAAACGUAAAUAUAAACAACCCAAAGUGUUUAGUAUUUAAAUAAUCAAAGAAAUUAAAUAAAUAAGAACAUGUGCAAAGUAUAUGGUUUAGAAAUUUGAAUAGAAUAGUUAAACUUGAACCCGACGAAAUGGCUCGUUGGGGCAAGCACAUAGUCGUGCCUUUGGAUUCUCUGAUCAAAGAAAAAGAAAACACAAAUCGCCCCACUGCCGCUCGUUCGGCUGGCACAGUUGGAAAAUGGGGCAAGAUGGGUUUUACAUCGACCCGCACCUAUGCUCUGCAGUCGAUAACAGCCGAUUUAAGUCCUGGACAGAGUCCUGAUGCUGCUACGGGAAGCACCGGUGAGGGGGACUCAUCGCCCACACGAGAAGCACCAAAACCAAAGAAAUUCUUCAAGAGCCGCAAUUCGGCGGCGACUCUUAUUCCUGCACAACUAAUUCAGCAUUUACCAAGGGCGCCGCCAUCGCCAAUUAGAGACAUCUAUCCGGCAAGUGGCUCCUCAUCGACCUCGCACCAUCGAAGUCAAAUCAAAUUGAAAGUACCAAAAGCUCCCGCUGAGCGGAAGAAUUCGACUUCAUCGGAACGAAUAGUAAAGCCUAAAAAGAAGAAAGAAGAGAAGAAACUUAAACCUGAAGCUCCGCCGUCGCGAGUCACUUCACGCAGUCGAAAAGUUGUCAAUUACAAUGAGGAAGACGAAUACGAACGUUGUCCGACCCCGUUGAAAGAUAUUAUUGUGCCUAAAGCAGCAGUUUCGCCUGAAUCUGAACCUGAACUACAUCACGAACCGGAACCGGACAUUUUGCCUGUUAGGAGUCCAGUUAUUGUUCCAGUAGCGCCACCACCAUUACCUCCUCCAGUUAAGACACCGAGCGUUGAACAUCCUCCGAUUGUCCUUAGGAUAUCUAAGGGUACUUCGCGCCUCGUCAGCACAGACAGCGAGGAACAGCUAAAUUCUCCGCAGCACGAUUUCCAAAGUCACACUAACAACCACACUAGUAGCAUAAUUGGAUUCAAUUCAAUACCAACUACGACGACGUUGACGACAUCAUCUUCAGUAUCAGUAUCAGUAUCAUCAUCCGAGCCACAUACUUCCAUUCUAAGUCCAGCCAUCAUCCCUGAGAAGCCGUUGGAACAACCAACAACAACAACAACCACCACAUCUAUCAAUCCACAAAGUGCCACAGUUGUAAGUCCUCCAAUUCCUAAAGUGAUUGUUAAACCGUUGCCAGCGAUACCGGCGUCUUCCCUUCCGCCGCCAUUUGCUUCUCCAGCAUCAUCUAUUGCUCCAGCUGCUUCUGCACCAUUUGUUCCCGACGAACCUGAGGAAUUCAAUUAUUGUACAGUGAAGAUUUCCCCAGACAAGCCACCUAAGGAGCGACUCAAAUUGAUCAUCAAAACCGAUGUUAUACGAAAUGCACUUGCGGCAGCAGCAGCCGCAGCCGCUGCAGCAGCUUCCAACUCAGCUGUGAGUAUAGACAAGCCGGAGAAAGAGAAGAAAUCCAAGAGCAAGAAGCACAAACAUCUCAAGAACAUUAUGGCAACAACAAAGGAGGGGGAAUUCAAGACCCCAUCGCCUCAGCAAAGCACAGAAAACUACCGCACAAUCAUAUCGCCUCCAGCGCUGUCAGAGAAAGACUUCGACUCGCAGUCCUCGGUUCUGGGAAGUAUCUCAUCGAAGGGCAAUAGUACACCGUUGGCCCAAGCUAUACCUGAUGAAGCCUGUGUGAUUCGAAGCCGAGGAUCAAGUGACAUCACUAGUGACUUAGAGACAAGUCAGCAUAGUUCCCUAGUGGCUCCUCCGUCCGAUAUUGAGUCUCGACUGGAAUCGAUGAUGGAUGGCGAAGAAGCCAGCGAGGUUACAAAAGAAGCUGUCGUCAGUGAGGAACCCUUGCAGGAGGACAUUCUUGAAGUGCUGACUGGCGCUGCAGAUCCAGCCGGUGAUGGUGAAGAGUCUGAGGAAGUCCCUGUCCAAGAAGAGCCUACAACGAGGAGAGUGACAAGAGGCAAGCGAGGAGCAGUUAAAGAACCGAUUGCCAAAGAUAUUGGCGCUGUUGUUAUAAAAGAACCACCUGCAAAGGAACCUGAAAUCAAAGAAACUCUUCCUAUUGAACCUGUUUUGGAGGAAUCUGUGGAAGAGGAACCGGUAAAAGAAGUCCUAACGCCUCGGCGAACUCGCAGAGGCAUUCAAAAUGCGCAACCAACAGCAGAGACAGUAGUUGAGACUGUGUCUCCAACGAAGUCGCCGACGAGAAGAACGACCCGUCGCAAGGCUGCUUCAGUCGUUGCCAAUAAGACGCCUCCAGAGGAAGAGGCAGUACCUGUAGCUCCUCCCGCGGAAGUGGUUGCCAAACGCGGAGGACGUCAAACUCGCAAUAACAACCUGAACAACAACAAUAUCAAAUCUCCAAUAACGAAACCAGAACCAGUACAAUCAGUUGUCACCCCACCUGCGGUUAUUCGCAGCUACGGUCGAAAGCGAAAGAACCCCCUCCCAACAGCUGAGAGUGGACUUUCGCCGGCCAAAAUAUCACCGCCCGCAGACCAACCCUACACCAACCUGGACCUCGAUUCGCCUGUGAAAUCUACCUCCUCAAUUGAUAUGCUUCCAGAGUCAGAGCAACUAGAAUCGAAUACAAUUCCCAAGGCGUCCGAAGAACCCGUCAGUCUGGUGGUACCGAAGAUUACAGUGGCUGUGGCCUCAUCUACAGGAGAAGUCCAACGUCGCGACUAUAAGAUCAAAGAUAAGUUCAAGCGAACAUGGUUGGAGAGGGACGCCCGCGAGCAGCAGGAGGCAGCCGAAAAAGCAGCUGCCGCCGAGCAACUAGCCAAAUCGGAAGCUGGCCGUCAUAAAUUCGACCAGGACGAAGAAAUGAUGCAGCCAUCUGCAAUGAAAUUGGUGAUUUCGAAGAAGAAGGGCAGCAUAUUCAAGAGCCGAGUCGCCGACCAAAUCCCGAAAAGGCAUCUGUACAAACAUCGCUGGGAUGAGCAGCUCAAUGGGGAACAAUCGCGGCAAGCAACUAGCGAGAGCGAGAGCCCAGUUCCUGCGAAAACAACGGGAGGAGAAAUCUUCGACGACUUCAGUGAAGACUGCGAGGAUACUUCAGAUGUACCACAACCCAAACUCACGCGGUUCAUCAAACAGCCAGCUGGUGGCAAUAAAUUUGAUGAGGAACCAGUCACCAGCGUUCGCUGUGAGAGGAAGGCUAAAGAAUACUACACCGUGGUGCGAAACGUCAAGACCGCCCAUCAAAUCCAAGAAUUCGGCGAGUACCAGGAAAUCAAUGACGACGUCGAUUAUUUCCUGGAAGCGCUGCAGCCUCAUAAUCAAAUCUCAACGCGCUGCUUGUCGGCCAUCAAGUUGGCUUCUAAGUGUAUGACACCUGGUUUCCGAAUGCACGUCCGAGCUCAUGGCGUGGUCACGAAAUUCUUCAAGGCUCUGAGUGACGCCCACAAAGACCUCAGCCUGGGCUUGUGCACAUCGGCCAUAAUGUUUAUUCUAUCGCAGGAUGCCUUAAACAUGGAUCUCGAUCGGGAUUCUCUUGAGCUGAUGAUGAAUCUCUUGGAGGUGGACGUUUCCGAUCCAGCGUAUUUCCCCGAAAUCACAAGUUACAACCGCAACAAGAAGACCGUGACGGAGUUGUGUGAAGAAAUAAAGAGCCAAGGCAAAGCAACGCAUCUCAACAUGGAGACUAUAUCGUCAGGAACUCUGGCGAUGGAGACUCUGCUCUCGUUGACCUCAAAACGAGCCGGCGAAUGGUUCAAGGAGGAGCUUCGAAACCUCGGUGGAUUGGAGCACAUAAUCAAAGUGAUCUGCGACGGCUGUAGACAGAUAACUGCAUCAGCGGAGCAGGCCGAAUCCAUUAGUUGGACGCCUAGUCUUUUGGAGAACUUGAAGACAAUAGAACGGUGUUUGCGAGUUCUAGAAAAUGUCACGCAACUGAACGAACAGAACCAGGACUUCAUUCUCAAAUUCAGUAAGGGCGAAGCAAUAAGCACAAUUUUCGAACUGUACAAAAUGUGCGAUCGCGAGAUUUGUCUACAUCCGACCACAGAUCUUACAUCAAAGAACCAUCCGGGUGUCGUGCUGCGUGAGACUCUCAUUCCAACGCUCAAAGUUCUGAUCAACCUCACACAUCCAUUUGAUUCAAAUGCAAAUGGCAGCGCCCUGCUCGGACAGAUGCAUGCGAUCUUCGAUACCAGCUUCCAUAUUUUGUUGCAGACUCCAAAUUACAUUCCUGAACGUUGUGUCUUUGAGCUGAGUAUAUUGGUUCUACUGCUGUUGAUAAACUUGACAAUGCAUACGGUGGAUAAUCGUACGUUCGUCUUGAAGGCUAUGGCUCCAACUGACUUCAAAACGAUUGCUGAGAAAGUCCCAGCUAUAAAGGCAUUGAUAGAAUAUUUCUACAAGUGCGAAGAACUUGCAAGAUUGGUUGAGAAGAACACCGAUGCUAUUCUAGACAACACGGAGCAGAAAAAGAAACAGGAAGAAGUUGACGAAACUGUCAAUAACCUUCUUCAGAAGGCUGGUCAUCAUAUGGAGCACACGCUCAAAGGCAGCUACACGGGUAUUCUGAUCGGACAUCUCAUCACAGACAGUGAAGAGAAUGAGGCGGUGGUGCGAACAUACCUACGGGAAAAUGGUUUCAAAGACAUCACUGGUGUCUUAGAGAAAUAUUAUACAUUUAUGAAUUUGACUGCAAGCUCUGAAGCAACAAUUGUUUCGCAUAUAAAAUCGACCAAAAAACUCAUCGAUUACUUUAAGAAACGUGAUAUUAUAAACGAAGCCGGAACUGCGACUCCAACAAAAUACAAUGAUUCAGCUUCAACUUCGUCGAAUUCAUCACCAGCAAUAGCGACUCGCAGCACACAGCGCGUCUACAAAACCUACAGCCAGAGAUAAUUGUAAAUUGAAAACUCCACUGUUAGGAUAACUUUUCCAUUUCCAAGAACAAAUUAGUUUUUCUUCUUUAUUUUUGUAUAAUUAAAGGCUGAAAAAAAAAACAACAAUUUUUAUUAUUAAAUAACACUAAAACACUUUAAUAUCAAAACUCUAAAACCUAAAGCUUUUGAAGAAGAAGUUUUGUAAUGGUUGGUUUAUUGCUUUUUUGAUCUUCUUUCUUUUUAUUAUUAAUUUAUCUUUAGAUUUAGAUUUAUAAGUAUGUAUGGUAAAAUUAUUAAACAAUUUUAAUUUAAUUAUAGUUUUUUAAUCAAAUCUAAGCUAUUUUUAAUGCUGCCGCAGCCUGGCAAAAUUAUGUAAUUAGAAAAAAUAAAAACAAAAACCUUGAUAUUAUCACUCGUAUUAAAAAUGGAUGGAACAAAUGCUAAAGUCGCUGGGUUAUGUUGUAGUUUUGAAUGUAAAUAUAUUAUAUGUAUUGUUAAAACUAAAUAACAUUAUUAAGGAAACAUUAAAUAAGUAUUUAGUAUUAUA